UUGUCAAUGGAGCGUUGAACAUUUCCUGCUUUCUAUGAUGAUCCGUGUUUGUUUUUUUUUGUAAUUGCAUGUAACGGAUAUGACGACGGGAUGUUUUCUUUAGUGUUUUCUUAAGCAUUUAAUUUGAACAAACAACGGAAAGAGGACACGAAACGAGGUUGGGGAACACCAACCCCCAAGAUUUCAGGAGCCAUGCCUUUCCUACAUGGUUUUCGACGGAUUAUUUAUGAGUAUCAGCCAUUGGUGGAUGCUAUCAUGAGUGUAGUGCAGCUUGAAGAGGAGAGUCGUCACGAGAGCAGGAGUCAAGAAGAUGAGAGACGUCUUUGCAGUUCUUUAGUUGAACUGCUGGAGCGAGAGUCCCACUCUGAAAUGUUUUUAGAAGGGAUCAGCUCUGCUCUGUUUAAGGUGGCCGAGCGAGGACUGGUGCAGGCUGCUAAAGUCCUUCUGCGUUACAGAGCAGAUCUUCAUUUUGAGGACCCAGUGUCAUUCUACAAUCCACUGCAUAUAGCAGUUCUGAGGAACAGACCAAACAUGGUGAAAUUGCUUGUCGAGCACAAAGCUGACAUUGAAAAGAAACAUAGAAUCCAUGAGAGCAGCCCUUUAGAUCUUGCCAGCGAGGACUUGGACCGUCUGCCCUGCCUGCUUGCAUUGCUUGACCUGGGUGCCAAUGUGAAUGCAUGUGAUAAACAAGGAAAAUCCCCUUUGCUUCAUGCCUUGCAAAGCAGUGAUGGCCUGACUGUGAACAAUACAGAAAACAUCCAGCUUCUCCUUCAAAGAGGUGCUGAUGUCAAAGCUGUUACAAAAGAUGGUGAAACAGUUGAAUCUUCGUUGGUCUUUCUGGUCAAGGAGGCACUUGACGCCAGCCCUGAGGAUGCUGCUGAGAUUGGAAAGUUCUGCCUUAAAACUACGCGAUUACUGCUGGCCCAUGGUGUGGACCCCAGCAAUGAUGCGAAUGAUGGCGAGUCCUCGCUGACCCAAACAAGUCUGGAGCACUUUGACCUGCUCUUCCCCCUGGCGGUGCUCAUAAUCCAGAGUGGAGCAUCUUUAGUUUGUGCCCACAGUGACUCCUGCUGGCGAGCUUCCACAAUUAUUUUCCAGCGGCUUCAGUCAGCCCUGCGACAGUGCUCAGAUCCCAACUAUGCCUCCGAGCUCAUUCAGCAAGCCGAGUUGCUGCUGGACCUAGCCAGGGUAAACUACCCCACAGUGCAUUCAGGGCUGGGACCUCCUACAUUUGCGCAAGACCCUCACCCAUAUGCUCAAGAGCUACAAGAUCUAUACAACCGGGUCGUCGAACAUGAUACCUCCCCUCCUGCCCUCAGGUGUCUUUGCAGGGCAUUUAUAAGGAGACAACUCCAAAUUUGGCCACUGGAGGAGAGAAUCAACGCUUUGCCAUUACCAGACAGACUAAAGGGAUUCCUUCUUCCCGAGCGCAUGUAUAAGCCAAAGCCUGGUUGGGACUGCUUUAAGCCCCAGGAAAGUCAGCGCUGAUCAUAUGCUUUGUUCUAGUGGAAAUUUUGCUUUUGUACAGAGGUGUCCAAACUACAGUCCAUGGGCCAAUUGCAGCCCGUGGCCGUUAUUAUUGGCACACAGCUACUUACGAAAUCACCAAUGACAAUUGCUCACACAAGAAGCUCGAGUUCAGCCUACAUUUUGUUGCGCUUCUCAGCUUCAACACUAGUUGGAGCUAGUCACAAACUGUGCCUCUCCAUUUCAGAGGUCAAAACAUUACAACAUGUUGAAAUCAAGGUAGGAAUUACAGUUGAUGAAUGAAACCAGUAAUAGGCGAGUCGUCCUAAUAACUCUGAUUUUCAUGUUUUCUCCAUGUUUUCACCGUGGUUCAGACAAAGAUGUGCCCAGCAGCCCAACUGUGUAUACAUACAUAAAGUCACCUCCAAAAGAAUUGGACCAGCAAAUUCAUUUCCUAUUUUUUGUCGUUGUAUAGCUACCGAAGAUGUUUGGUUUUCAGAUAAACCGAUUGAAAUAUAACACAAAAGUUCAGAAUUCCAGGUUUCAUUUUGUAGUUUUUACACCCCAGGAAAGACUCUCUUUUCAUAGCACCCAAGUGAGCAAAAAUAUCAGGGCAGACAUUAUAAAACAACCUAAAGUGAAUUAAUAACAUUUGAUAUUUGGUGGCAUUAGCCUUACUUGCAGUAAUUGCAUCAAGACCUGCAACCAAUUUACUUCACCUGGCUGUUUGUUGCAUUCGUCAUUAGAAAUGCUGUUCCAGCCUGUUACUGCAGCCAGUUCUAGUUUGUUUCUGGAGGUUUCUACCUUCAGUUUCCUCUUCAGGGGGUUAAAAAGCAUGUUUUAUAGUGUUCUGAUCCGGUGUUUGACUUUGUCAGUCCAAGACCUUCCACUUUUUUCACCUGAUGAAGCCCUUUGUUAUGUUGGCAGUGUGCUUUGCCAUUGUCCUGUUGCAUGCUGAAGCUGCUCCUGAUUAGUUUGAAUGCAUUUUUCUAUAAAAUGCCAGCCCCAAUGGUUUUAUAGACAUGAGAAUUAUUAUGCUACUACCAUACCUUAUUAAGUUAUCAUCAAUAAAGUAGUGCUGCAACGAUGAAUCGAUUAACUCAAGUAAUUCAAUUAGAAAAAAGCUUUGAGUCAAAUUUUGCUGCUUCGAGUAUUCGUUUAAUUCGAGUGAUGUUGUAAUGAUUUGUUUUCAAAGUGUUGCAUUUAGUUUUAUUGAUUUUGGUGGAGACACUGCCCUCUAUUGGCAACAGUGAAUAUGCCAUAACUCGUCGAAUAUGGCUGGAUCUCGCUUCUCCCUUUUCAGACCAACAUCGAUAUAUUUUGUUUGAGCUAAUAUGCUUGUUCAUGCAUUCGUUAUUUAGAUUAGAAGUAUAUUUAGCAGUUUUCUUUGGGG